AUGAGAAAACCUCCCUUUGAGCAUUGUUUGGAUUGUCCUAUCAUCAUAAAACUGAUGGAUGCAUGUCCUCUCUCACCUUUCUGGCAGAUAGUCAAAGAAGAAGGGUUAAGUGGCUUGGCAGAUGCAUCUCUACUUUAUGAAUUAUUCAUGGUCAUAAUUUCAUUGGUGCCUUGGAUUUGCGGAUUGAUAUUGGGAAUAUUACUAUUGAAGAGACGAGACAUGAGAUCUUUAAUCCGUGUUUUGACACAUUUGUGUGCUCACAUAACUUGUGAUGUUGUCAAAGUCGUUUAUUUCAAAGAGGAUAGACCAGAUGGAUCCUGCUCUUUAAAGUAUGGACUACCCUCUUGUCAUUCUAUAUUUGCAGGAUUGUACACAAGUUGGGUUUUAAUUGAAAUAUUCGUUAUUGGAAUGAAACUAAAAACUAGACAUAUAAUUGCAGUGAUUUCUAUGCUAAUAGUCCCAUAUUCAAGAAUUUACUUGAUAUAUCACACACUAAAAUAAUGUAUCUAUGGUUGGACUAUUGGCUUGGUGUUUGCCAUUGUAGGUUUGACAUUCCAUCAUCAAUACAAGAAAAGCAGAAAGAAUUAAUAAGUUAAAGUCAAACAAUGAUUGUUUAUUUAUAUGUGUCAUUAAUCCCAUUAUUUAAUGUAGAAA